AUGGCUGCAAUAAAAUGUUAUGAUGGUGAUGAGGAACUGUUUAAAAUUGAGAACAAGUUCAAGUUCGCUGGAACAGUUCAUCAGGCUAAUGAUUCCCUCAUCCAUCAAACUGUCAAAACUGCAAUAAGACAGUAUAAACUAGAAAAUGAGAGGAAGAGACACUGUGAUGUAGCUGACGAUCACAAACCAAGUAAGAAAAGAAGGAUAUCUCUUCAUAAAGGAUAUCAAAUUAUUGAAAAAAAGACAGCCGAAACAUUUGACUCAUUUGAUUUCUCACCGUUUCAAAAUGUUCAACACGUUGAGGCGUACAAACAAUGUGACGACGCUGAAUAUUUGGCAGAGGAGGAAGAAGAGGAAGAAGAGGAAGAGGCUUAUGAAGAGGACGAUAAUGAAGAUUGUGAAAACAACUGGCGUAACGACUACCCAGAUGAAUCCUCCUGGUUUUACAAUGCGGAUCCUAAUUUUAGCUGUUACGAUUGCGUCCAACCAAAAUCAAAACAGGCAAUUGAACAACAUUUGCUGAGCAACAUCUCGAUUCAUACUACAGAACUGCAAGCAAUAAAUUUUGCUCUUGAAUUCAUAAAAUCUAAAAUAAAUAAAAGUUUACUUGUAAUAACAGAUUCACUAUCAAGUGCGCUAGCCAUUACACAGGUAAUGAUAGGGCACACUAAUAUAACUUACAACUGCCUAUUGAGCAAAACAGACCCUCCAGUCUGCAAAUACUGUUAA